CAGUUACCAGCCAAUGUAGGCUCCAGGUUUUGGCGCAUAAUCCACAAUUUGAGUCCUCCGAAUCAGGCGCAACUCGACACACCAUGCCGGCACCUCUAUUCAAGCGAUGGGCACCGCCCAAGCCGGUCGCUCCACCGGUACAUCAUGAGGUUACAAAGCCCGCCAGCCCUUUGAAUACUGCAAUCGAGACGAGCACAGCAGAGAACAGCCCUGCGACGAAGGAGGCGCGGAUAGAAUCCCCAAAAUCAAUCAAGAAACCGAAGAAAAGGAAAUACGAGGCUGAGGCGCAUGAGCAAACUGAAGAGACUCCAAAGAAACAUAAGGCCAUCUUCUCCAAAUUCGAAAAGGUUUCGAAACUGGCAGAGGCGAGAGGUCAGCGCGAGGAGGAGGAGCCUACAGAUGGAGUAGAGGAGGCAGAGGUGGAAGAGCUACAUGAUCUACAACCGAUGCCCCAGCCUGCGGAGGUGCCCGAGCCCGCAUUCGAGCCUACGUUCUCCACUCUACCGACAUGGCUUGCCCAGCCUGUGACCGUCGACGCUUCCAAGACACUUCCUUUUGCCGAGCUUGGAGUCGAGCCAUUCUUCACAAAGAAGCUUGAGAAACAAGGCUUUGAGGACGCUUUGGCUGUUCAAACGGCAUUAUUGCCUAUGCUUCACCCUGGAUUCGAGCAACACUUGGGCGAUAUUUGCGUCUCCGCCAAAACUGGGUCCGGCAAGACGUUGGGCUAUCUACUACCCAUCAUCGAGGCACUGAAAGAUCGUGCUGUACCCACACUCUCUGCGAUAAUAGUAGUCCCGAGCCGACAGUUGGUGAACCAGGCGCUGCAGGUUGCUGAGGAGCUAUGUGCCGGGACGAAGAUCAGGGUUGGAACGGCGCUUGGCAACGUUGCAUUUGCCAGCGAACAAAAACAGCUCGUCAAACUAAGAGCUCAAUAUGACCCAAAGGCAGCAAAGGAGCUCCAUGAGAGGGCAUCACGACAUUUCCAGACUGGGUUUGUUGAAAAGGGAGGCAUCUUCGAUGACCUGAAAGAGAUGCCUCUCGACCACGUUCCCCGUUAUGAUUCAUGUGUCGACAUCCUCAUCUGCACCCCAGGUCGGCUCGUCGAACAUAUCGAAAAUACUACGGGCUUUUUGCUGAACGCCGUUCGAUGGCUGGUAAUCGAUGAAGCCGAUCAGCUGCUGAACCAAAAUUUCCAAGGCUGGGCGACCGUGUUGAUGGACGCCCUUCACGGCGAUACACCAGUCGACUUGAUGAAUGCCCAAGAACACAUUCGGAAGCGCGAGUGCGAUGCCAACUCUAUUUGGUCAGUCGCAUUACCGGCGCGCCGUCAACUCACGAAGGUCGUGCUGAGUGCAACGAUGGAGAAGGACCUGACCAAGCUUGGUACCCUGAAAUUGAAGCGACCGAAGCUGGUUGUUGUUCAGGAUGAAGCAACAGAGACGCAACUGCUACACAACGAAGAGAAUGUGUUUGGCUUGCCAUCGACCCUUGAAGAGUUCGCAGUUCAUGUGGGCGAUGGCUCGAAUAAGCCUCUACAUCUGUUACAUGUGUUGCUCAACUUCGUCUUCCCAGGGAUACAAUCUGAAUCUGGCGCAAAAGAGGACACCUCGGACUCUGACUCUGACUCUGACUCUGAUUCUUCUUCCUCUUCCUCUUCCUCGGACUCUUCAUCUGAGAACAAGUCCGACGUGGAGAAGGAGGUAUCGGUUGCUAGCCAUACAAGUCGCGUUCUAAUCUUCACCAAGAGCACCGAAAGCGCAUCCCGCCUUUCACAUCUCCUCGCCGUCCUCGAACCAUCCUUCAAACCUUACCUCAAAACCAUGACUCGGGCUCUCACCGCAGACGCCUCCCGCAAACUGCUCAAGUCCUUCAGCACAGGGGCCAUAAAGAUUCUCAUUGCCUCCGACGCUGCGUCUCGAGGCCUGGACAUCCCCUCGAUCACGCACGUCAUCAAUUACGAUAUACCCACAAGCAUCACGAGCUAUGUGCAUCGAGUGGGAAGGACGGCAAGAGCUGGGAAAUAUGGCCAGGCGUGGACGCUGUUCACGAGGACAGAAGCGGCGUGGUUCUUGAAGCAGGUUACUAAAGGAGAUAGCGUAAAGAGGCAAAACAAGAAGGUUAAGCGUAUGGAGUGGAAGGAGAGUGAUGUCACAGCGAAUGGCAAGAAGAAGACCUAUCGGGCGGCGCUGAAGCAGCUGGAGAAUGCUGUUGCGGGAAAUACUGAGGCUGGAUAGCUCUAGGGUUCGAUGCGUUGCUCGACGACAUUUACGAAGCAUGCUGUAGGUAGCUGGGCCUAGAUUGGCAGCUCAC